AUGGUGGAGACCAAGCGUGAAGACCUUGAAGAACUGAAAAGGAUUAUUUUUGAAAACUGCGAUUUAAUCCACCCAGGGGUCGUUUUGCCUGACUCUCCUUGGUUUACUCGAUCAUCUCUAAAUCAACAAGUAACAGAAAAUCUUCUCAAGCUCCUAGCUGAUUCCAAUAUACAUUAAAAUGGCGACACGUGUCAACCUGCUCUCUUGCGCAGCAGUCCAGACCUUAUGGCUACGGCGAACUGGGAUGGACUCCGAGCCGAGAAUCAAAUGCAGGCUCCAGAGGUGUGUAUCCGGGUAGGUUUUGGCUGCUUUCGUGUGGUUCGAAAUGGAGGUGCUCAACAGCGUCCUUUGGAUUCCUCUACCGAGAAAUUGGGGGUUUCGGCCUAGGCCAGAGGGAACAGUCUUUUUCCUGUAGCUGUCGAAGAAAGGCACUUCGACAUCCGAUAGACUCCAAUUAUCCUUGAAUCAAGCUACUCCAAUCGCCCUUAGCAGAGCCGCAAAAUCCAUAAGCCGCCCACUCAAGACUGAAAAGGCAAGGAGGAAACAGAAGGUACCGAAAGGGCACUCGCAAGAGGGAUAGACACUGUGGGCUUGAGUCGAAAAGCGGUAGAACCUCCCGUACGGGAGGUCUUUGGUAACUGCGUCACCAAUAUAGCUAACGCCUGACUUUAAUAAUCCUAAUCCUAGCUGAUUCCAAAAAGAAAACCAAAACUUUCUCAAAAAAUGCAGCAAAAUUCAUUAUUUCCAAAAAAGACGAAAAAGAAAACAACCAAAUCAAACGAGCGUCAAUUUUACGUGAAAACAUCGAUAUUUUGAAUUUAUUUUAUUUUGUAUUAAUUUAAUUAUUUUUUAAAUAUUAUAGAAAAACUACUUUUUAAUUAAUUUAGCAUAGUAUAUUAGAAAAAGUGCAAAAAGUCGAAGAUUCAUCGACCCAAGUCACGCUAAAAGUACUGAAAUCUCAAAGUGAUUUUGGCCCUGUCACAGUUCACGUUAACUCUGCGAGCCCUCCUAUUACUUUAGAAGAAGGCGACGAAGGUAGCUUAAAAUUUGAUUUUAAAGGGACAAUUGACCUUAAACUUACUGUAGGGCAGGACCGCUCAAUAGUAAAACAAGUCAAGUUUAUUGACAUAAUAAAUGUCACUCACUAUCUAAAAGCAGCAGAAAAAGACCUUCUCAGUGAAACUGUUUCUGAAAAAAGCAAUGGAUUUAGCGUGGAUUUACAAGUUGCUAUCCGUUUAUCAAAACAGGACAAAGAAAAACUGCUAAAAGACCAUUUAAGAAAAGUAGAAGAACAGCUAAAAGAAAAUCAGCAAGAAUUUGAAGAGUUUUAUGAAGAGCUUUUGAAAGCUCUCUAUGUAGAGUAUGAUUAUGAUGACGGAAUGUUCAAAACUACAUAUAAGAAAAAAGACAAAAGCAAUCGGUUUUGCGAUAACUGCAGUUUAUUUUAA